AUGAGGUCAAUCCAUUUCUAUAAAUGGUUGGUCGCAUGGUUGGAUGCAGAAGCAGAGCAGGAAGCGCCCCAAGCUCCAACUGUACCUGCUCCACGAGAUAACCGUCCGGAUCUUCCUGUGAAUGUCCCGGCGGGACCCAUCUUUGCCGAUGAAUUUAGUGACGAGAGCGAUUGGGCAGACGAUGGUUCCGACACGACCUCUUUAUCAUCGAGUCUCUUAUAUUACGAAUAUGAAAAUGGUCGACGAUACCAUAGCAAUCGGACCGACUUCGGGAAUAGGAUGCCUAAUGACGAAGCAGAGCAAGACCGUAUGGACUUGGCACAUCAUAUAUGGAGGUUGCUGCUGGAUGGUGAACUUUACAAGGCACCCAUAGAGAACCCUCAGAAGAUUUUAGAUCUAGGAACAGGGACCGGUAUCUGGGCUCUUGAUAUUGCAGAGCAAUUCCCAGAUGCAUAUGUUGAAGGGACCGACAUCAGUCCCAUCCAAACAGUCUGGCCUUGGCCCAACUUGAAAUUCAUCUGUGAAAACUUCGAAGAAGAAUGGCUUCAUGACAGAGACUUCGAUUUCAUUCAUGCUCGUCUAAUUGCAGGCUGUGUCAGUGACUGGCCACAGCUAUUUCGCCAAGCUUACGACCACUUGAAGCCUGGUGGUUACUUUGAAAUUCAGGAAAGUGCUGUGUGGGCUUGGAGUGACGAUGGCACCUUACCACCCGACUCACCGCUCAUCCAGUACCUGUCUGUGCUAGAUCUUGCUUCGCAGCAAACAGGUAGAGAACUGAAUAUCUACUUCAAAUUGAAGGACUGGCUUAUCGAUGCUGGGUUCGAGGAUGUCACACAGCAUACCUACUUUCUGCCCUAUGGACCAUGGCCCAAAGAUCCCCAAUUGAAAGAAAUUGGCAAAUACCAAGCCCUGAUGGUACAAGAUGCUGUCGAAUCUUAUGGACUAAGGUAUUGCACCGAAGUACUGAAUUGGGGUGUUGAGCCAUGCCGUAUUUUCCAGGCUAUGGUCAAGCAACAGCUUCGAGACAGAAAUCAACAUUCAUACGUUAAAGAGUAA